AUGGGAGCAGGACAAUCUAGACCGAAACCAACAGGAAGUAAUUUCACGGAUAUGUUUUUAAAUGUUUCUGGUCUUGGAAUAUGGUGUUGUGAUAUGGCAUCAACAUAUAAAACUCCAAGUUUUACUGGUAUUGACAUGUUUCCCUAUGAUUUUCCAACCGUCAAAAAUUCAAAUGUUGAAUUAAAACAUUACGAUGUAUUAAAUGGUCUUCCAUAUGAUGAUCUUACUUUCGAUUUUGUGAGCGUUAGACUUAUGGCAAUUGAUAUACCUGAUGAUAAAUGGCCUGAACUUUUAAAUGAAUGUGUUAGAGUUCUUAAAGUUAAUGGGUGGAUCGAAGUAAUGGAUUCAGAUGGUGAACCAAUUAGUGAUGGUCCUUGGACUAAAAUUGUCAAUAGAGCUACUACUAAACAUUAUCAAAAUCUCCGGUCAUUACCUAAUCUAUCUGACAUAACUCACGAAUCUCGAAUAAUGAAAAUUGGAAAAUGGGGUGGGAAAAUUGGGGAAUUAAGUUCACAAUAUUUUCGAGAACUUUUUAAAGUUUUUUUAUUAUUAUUUGGUAAUCAAAUAAAAUUAAAUGGUGAAGGUAUUGAUGGAAAGAUUAAAGAUUUUAUAAGAAGAGGAAGAAGAAAAAACAUUGAAGAUUUUUUAUCAAGAGUUGAAAUUGAAUAUGAGACUUAUAAAACUUGUCUUGUUCAUCAUGUAUUUUAUGCUCAAAAAUUAUAUCAAUUGUAG